AUGUUGCAUCUCGUCUCAGUGGGCGGACUCUCCCUGUUUGGAGCAGUUGCUGCUACUGCUGCUGCUGCUGCUGCUGCGUCGACAUCGAACUGCUCGUCUGCCCCGGUGACGCUGCAUCUCCCAGACGCUCCCUACGACAACUUCUUCUACUCCGACUGCAACACCGCAGUCCAAGUCGUCGUGACCACCCCACAGCCCGACAGUGAUCUGGCCACUAUCUCUCCUCGCUUCAUCGCCGCAUGGCCCGCGGGCAACAGCGGCAUCGCAGCUUACUUUGCGCCUCAGGAUGGGGCGAACAAUGGCAGUCUGAGCAUUCAAAUCGUCAACUCUACCGUGGGCAGUCCGCUGGCUGCGAUAUACCGUGAUGAUAGUAGCGGUAGUACUCCGUAUUUUGGCGUGACGGGCACGCUCCGUUUCAAUUCUUCGGCGUCUCUGACUACCCCGAUCCUGGGCAGUAUCCGUACGAUUCGUGAUUUUACAGAAGGGGCGAGUGUGCUGCAGCCGCAGAUUCAAGAUGCUAUCCAGGCGUCGAGUCUGCCUGAUGGAGGCGCGGGUUUGCAGCGUCUUUGGCUGGAUAAUGUCACUACCACGCAUCUGAAUUUCACGCCUGCAGCAACCAAUGGGUCUGUUACGAUCGGUGACGAUAACCAGACCUUGAACUUUGACGCUGGAGAUUACAUUUUCGCUGCUGAAUUCAACUACCCACAGUUGACCCAACUCAGCCCAGCGCAGGUACUGAGCAAUUCUUCGGCGUCCCUGAUCCAGAACGAUCCAGAGCGGACGGCGGCGCUGUCGUUCUUGUCGUACUCGAACAAGCUCCUGGCUGGAGCGUGGAGGUUUCUGACUUAUUUUGGGCGUGACUCGAUGAUUUCAGCGCUUUUGCUGGAGCCGAUACUGAGCAAAGGGGAGAAUAGCGCUACCGAGGCUGUUAUUGCUGCGGUUUUGGAACGGUUGGAUAGAGUGGAUGGGAGUGUGUGUCAUGAGGAGACUAUCGGGGACUAUGCGACGUGGUUGAAUCAAGGGGCCGGGGUGGUUAGCACUGAUCCGCAGUAUGACUACAAAAUGAUUGACUCGGACUUUUACCUCCCGAUCCUGAUGAACCAGUACUUUGUCCAGAAUUCCGUGGGCCGCAGCAGAACCAAUUCGUUUUCCAGUAUCACCGCAGGGGCUAUCAACCCGGCUAACACGAACCUGACCUAUGGGCAACUGGCUGUAAUCAACGCAGAGCGUAUCUUGGGACUUGCUGCGCCUUUUGCUGGACCCGAUAACCAAACGCAAGCAAACCUCGUUCAUUUGAAAGAUAACGAGGUUGUUGGCCAGUGGAGAGACAGCGCAGACGGAAUCGGCGGUGGCCGCAUACCCUACGACGUCAACACGGCUUUGAUGCCUGCAGCUCUCCGAGCCAUUGCCUCGCUUUCCCGCAACGGCUUUUUCACAUCAUCAUCAUCAGACUGGUCAAGUCUCGCCGACGAAUACGCCCAAGUAUGGGAAGACGAAACCCUGGCAUUCUUCCGUGUCACAGUACCACAAUCCCAAGCCCAACAGCUCGUAUCAACAUACACGCAAACCAUCGCCUUUACGGGCCCCAAUCAAAUCGACAGCAUCGAUGGCGACGUGGUAUACCAUGCUCUAGCCCUAGAUGGAUCCAAUAAUCAGAGCCAGGUAUUGGUGAUGAACUCGGAUGACUGUUUCCGCCAUUUCCUGCUUAGCAACAGCAACAGCAACACAAACACAAACACCACCACCGACCAAACACAACUGACGUUGUUUGUGAACCAAACCGCCAACAAUAUCCGUCGCACGUUCCCCGCGGGUCUGUUGACAGAUGCCGGCAUGCUCAUCGCCAACCCUGCAUACGGCACAGAUCCAUCGUAUGUAGAAAAUUGGACUACGGGAGCCUACCACGGCACGGUGAUUUGGGGGUGGCCGCUGGCCAUGAUGGCCAAGGGGCUGGAACAGCAACUCGGCCGGUGCAAUCAGCAAGGUCAACAACCAGAUUUUUGUGUAGAUACUGUGGUCUAUAACAAUGUCAAACAAGCAUACAAUAUGCUCUGGGACUCGAUCGAAGCGAAUACCGCUCAGCUGUCGCAGGAAGUGUGGUCGUGGGUGUACAAUUCGGCGAAUGAGAGCUUUGUGGCGACGCCCUUGGGUGUAAUGGCGCCGCCGCCGGGGCAGUCGGUUCAGACUGAAUCUGAUAUUAGGCAGCUGUGGUCAUUGACGUUUCUUGCCGUGACGCGGAAUACGACUUUUGGUUCGUCUUGA